AGAGAGUAAGAGAGCAGAGCAUACCAGUGAUUUUUUUUUCUGCUAUGCCAAGAAACUUGCCUUGCCUUUUUGGCUGACAUCACUUUAAUUACAGUUUCCUUGAAGAGAGCCAGUCAGAGACAGGCAGAGUCGAGUAAGGGAGUUUACUGGUGACUGUGUAGUCGGGCAUCUGGACACUUCACAUUGCUGGAGGAAUGACUCUUCAACCUACAAGCCUCCCAACUCUCAGCACCACAGUAUCAUAUGGAGACCUGAACAACACCAAUGGCACUCAUUGUCCAGACCUGGAAGCCUGGGAGUGGCUCAAUGCCAGCCAGCCAGUGUAUAUUCUGAUCAUCAGUGUUUUGGGAAUCGUGUUCAACGUGUUUGUCCUGACAAUUUUCUGCCUCCACAAGAAGGCCUGCACCGUGGCUGAGAUCUACUUGAGCAACCUGGCUGCUGCCGACCUUCUCCUGGUGUCCUGUUUGCCCUUCUGGGCUGUCAACAUCGCCUAUGAUUUCAAUUGGCCUUUUGGUCGAUUCAUGUGUAAAAUCAUCAAUGUGGGCAUUAAGAUGAACGUCAACUGCAGCAUUUACUUCCUCGUUCUGGUGGGCAUAGAUCGCUAUGUGGCGCUGGUGCAUACGAUGUCACAUGGAAGAAUGCGUAGGCCAAAGUAUGCCAAACUAGGUUGCCUGCUGACAUGGGGUUUCGGUUUGCUCCUCAGUGUCCCCAUGCUCAUCUUCAGGGAAGUGAAAUAUUUCCCUGAGUAUGGUAUCGAUGCAUGCUUUCUGGAAUACCCAAGCCACACUGUAGAGCUGCUCUGUGAUGGGAUGUUGAUCGUUUUUAGCUUCAUCAUUCCCGUUUCAAUCAUCUCGUUCUGCACUUUCAAGAUUAUUCUGGCUUUGAAGGUCCAAACAAUAGGUAGGGUAAAUGCUGAGAAAACAGAGCAGAAGGCCACCACUCUGGUGCUGGCGGUCCUCCUGGCCUUCCUCAUCUGCUGGGUGCCGUUCCACAUAGUCACCGCAGUGGAUGUGCUGUUACGAGCCGACGUCCUGGGAGGAUGUCACCUCACGGCUGUCAUAGACAUCUGCAACCAGAUCUUCAACUACUUAGCCUUAUUCAACAGCGUUCUCAACCCCAUCCUGUACGUUAUCGUGGGAAAGAACUUCCGGAAAAAAGUUCGAGAGGUUUUCCAGCAGUGGAGCGUUAAGAAAACAGUGUCCUCAGAGUCCACACGAUCAAACCUGACCUCUACACUCAAGACUAUGCCAUAAAACACUUGUGUCAAAAUACUUCUCAACUGAAAAACAAACUUUAUAGAAAGAUUGAAAGAUGUGGUUAACUGGCAUCUAAUAGUGUUUAAAUGAUAAGUUCUGGUUGAAAAAUGAGAUGGAAGUAGGUGUGGAGUAAUGGGACCAAAUAAUCCUUCUUCAAGAUGCUAUUUAAAAAACUCUUUCUUUAAUUAGGAUGAAGAACUAUGAUUACAUGUGUGGGGUUGCUCAAGGCUUGAAUGUUACAUCUAGAAGUAGUUAACAUGUUACAGACUGCAAAAAAAUAUUAUCUUGUGUCAACAAUGUAAAAAAAUAUGCAUCAUUAAGCAUGAACUAAAAAACAAACAAACUUGUUUUUCAUUGGUUCAUAACAGUUAAAUCAUACCUUCAAUGUACAGAUCUACAUCUGCCUGGUUGCAGUGAAGAAAAAAAAAAAAAGCAAAUAUAUAUUUUCAUACAUCUCAUAUUAUUGAUAACUCUGAAGAUGCAAAUAGUAUCACUGUUUGUUCAAUACGUAACCAUCAAAUAAAACAUACUUAUGGUUUUAUA